AUGGGUCGCCCGAAGCGUGCGCCUGCCGCAAAAGAACCUGACUAUAGUAGUGCCAAAGAUGCAAAGGAACUUUUGGAUAUGAUUGGACAAACUGUGCACUCAAAAGUGCAUAGAGAAGAUGCAAAUUAUAGAGGAAAAUUGUAUGGACUUUUGACACAAGCACAAUUUUCUAAUAAGGAGAGAGUUCACAUCAAUAAUCCAUGCCUACUUGAUUAUAAUUAUGAUACUAAUGUUACUAGUAACGUAAUUGAUCCGUGCGAGCACAAAUCAGUAGAACGUUUUUCUGAAGUAAGUGGUGGUGAAUGUGAUGAGAAAAAAAUAAAAGGUAGUAAUGGUGGCGCCUGCGCGCCUUUCAGACGAUUACAUGUAUGUGAUAGAAAUUUAGAACAGAUAAAACCUCAUACAAUAACAGCAACACAUAACUUAUUGGUGGAUGUGUGUUAUGCAGCACAAUUUGAAGGAAAAUCAAUUUCAGGUUAUUAUCCAAGAUAUCAAACAAAAUAUAAGGAUUCUGGUUCUACAAUAUGUACUGUAUUAGCACGAAGUUUUGCAGAUAUAGGCGAUAUUAUCAGAGGAAAAGAUCUGUAUGAGGGUUAUGAUCAAAAAGAUAAAGAACAAAAAGUUAAAUUAGAAAAUAAGUUGAAAGAUAUUUUCAAGAAUAUAUAUAAUGAGUUGACGUCGACGAAUGGGAAGAAGGGGAAGAAGCAGGCGCUACAAGCUCGCUACCAAGAUGAUGGAUCUGGAAAUUAUUAUCAAUUACGAGAAGAUUGGUGGGAUGCGAAUCGCGCCAAAGUAUGGUAUGCUAUCACUUGUGGUGCAGGAACUAGUGAUAAAUAUUUUCGAAAAACAUGUUCUAAUGACACAUCAGACACUAACGAAAAAUGUCGAUGUGUCAGUACCGAUCCUCCUACGUAUUUUGACUACGUGCCGCAGUAUCUUCGCUGGUUCGAGGAAUGGACCGAAGAAUUUUGCAGGAAAAAGAAAAAAAAAUUGGAAGAUGUUAUAAAGAAAUGUCGUUAUGAUGAAAAUAAUGAACGAAAAUAUUGUAGUCGUAAUGGAUUUGAUUGUAAAGAUACAAUUAGAGCACAGGAGAAACUUGUUAAAGGUUAUGAUUGUCAUAAAUGUUCUGUAGCCUGUGAUGAUUUUGAACCCUGGAUAAAAAACCAAAAACAAGAAUUUGAAAAACAAAAAGGAAAAUAUACAAAAGAAAUGCAAAAAUAUGCAAACGGAACAACAACAAAAGAAACGUCAAAUGGUCCUAUUAAUAAUUUAUAUGCAGAUGAUUUUUAUAAAAAACUGCAAGAACAUUAUCCAUCAGUCGAUGAAUUUUUAGAAAAAUUAAAUGAACAACAAAUAUGUAAAGAUGAACCUAAAGUAAAAGAGGAAACAAUAAGUCGUGUUGAUUUCAAAAAUGUAGAUGCUUUUUCUUAUAAGGAAUAUUGCGAUACAUGUCCUUGGUGUGGAACUGAAAAAAAACAAGAUGGAACAUUGAGAUAUAAAGAGGAUGUGGAAUGUAGAAAUCAACCUACAACACCCUUGGAUAAUACAAAGAGUACUGAUAUACAACUAAGUUUCACUGAUAAAGGAAACCCAAAAAUUCUAGAAAAAUUUAAAAAUCUUUGUGAAGAAAAUAAUGAGAAAACCAUAAAUUGGAAAUGUCAUUAUAAAGAAAAAAAUGUAUACAAAGAUGAUUCUGAUAAGGAUUAUUGUGUACUACAAGAUGGAAACCAGAAUAUAAAGGACCAAACAAUUAUGUCGUUUGAAUCAUUUUUUUGGAGUUGGGUUUCACGAAUGUUAAAUGAUUCUAUAAAAUGGAGAAACCAACAUAGUAAGUGUAUAAAUAAUAAAAAAGAAACUAAAUGCAUAGAGGGAUGUAAAAAGACUUGUGAAUGUUUUGAAAAAUGGGUUGGACAAAAAAAAACCGAAUGGCGGAAAAUUAAACACCAUUUUGAUCAGCAAGAAAAUUUGAAAGGAAGGGAUCGUAAUAUAACACUUAAAUAUUAUUUGGAUAUUUUGUUUAAAGAGAAAAUUAAAGAAGCUUAUGGAGAUGAAAGGGAAUCGAAAGAACUAGAGGAAAAAUUAAAUAACAUUGAAGGAUCGCAACAAGCAGGAGAUACAGAACAUUCAGAAUUUGCAGUUGAUGUAUUAUUAAAACACGAAGAAGAAAUUGCCGAAAAUUGUAUAAAAUACAACCCAGAAGAUACAUGUCCCACUAGUGACACUGGAAGCCGCGCCCGCUCCGACCACCACGACCCACCACCUGUCAUCCCACGUAACGACUUCGAAGACGAAAAAGACAAACAACCCGAAUUCAAAGACCCCGGUCGCGAAUCGGAAGACGACGACGACGACGAAGACGAACUACCACCGGAAGACGAAGCCAAAGAACAAGAGGAGGAGGAGAAAGGUGCAGGUGAAGACGAGGCGGCGUCGGAGGCGGAGGCGUCGGGACCAAAAGUGGAAGUGGAAGGGAAGCCGCCAUGUGAUAUAGUACAAACACUAUUUGAGAGCACCAAAAAUUUGUCCGACGCAUGUGGUCUAAAAUACGGUCCAGGCGGAAAAGAAAAAUUCCCCAAUUGGAAGUGCAUAAGUAGUGGUAGUGACACGGGUAGUACCACUAAACAAAAUGAUAGUGAAGGUAGUGAGGGUGGUCAUCGUAGUAAGCGUCAUACCGAAAGUAGUGAUAGUACCACCACUAGUAGUGGUAGUGUUUGUGUGCCACCCAGGAGGCGAAAACUAUACGUGGGAGAGUUAACGAAGUGGGCGGAGGAGGCCAGGAAGAGUUCGACGUCACCACAACCAGGUGAAAGUGGUGUUGCAAACGCCUCGGCGUCGUCGACCUCGUCGCCUACAGACGCGACUCAGCUCCUCCGCGACGCCUUCAUCCAAUCUGCGGCAAUAGAGACGUUUUUUUUGUGGCAUAAGUAUAAAGCGGAAAACACGAGGGACAAUAAGUCGCCACUCGGUAACGGUGGAGUAGCACAAUUUUUCGGCAGCUACAGUGGAAGUGAAAGUGAGGAGAAAACCCCUCAACAGUGGUUACAAAGUGGUACAAUCCCCACCGAUUUUUUGCGUCAAAUGUUUUAUACUUUAGGAGAUUAUAGAGAUUUAUGUGUAGGUGUUAAAGAAGAUGUGAUUAACGCGUUAAAAGCUAGUGGUGACAACCCAACUAACAAACUCACUAUACAACAAAUAUCGGAGAAAAUAAAAAAUGUUAUUGAAAAAAGUGGUGACACACCUAGUCGUACACCUCCUGGCCAACAACCUAGUGACAAUGACCCUAAAUCCUGGUGGAAACUUCACGCCCCUUAUAUUUGGAAUGGAAUGAUAUAUGCUCUAACAUAUGACACAAACACAGCGAGUGGCGAAAAAAAAAUAGAAAAGGAUGAUGCAGUGUACAAGAAACUGUGGGACGAAGCCAACAACAAACCCAAAAAGGACAACGGCCAACAGGACUACACGUAUGAAAAAGUGGAAAUUAAAGAAGAAGAUAGUGGCCAAAAGGCCUCCACCGCCUCCCAAACCCCCUCCCCCCGCGCUAGUGGUGAAAACAAACCCACCACCCUUGACUCCUUCGUCAAACGCCCCACCUACUUCCGUUACCUUGAAGAAUGGGGAGAAACAUUUUGUAGAGAAAGGAAAAAGAGAUUGGAGAAGAUUAAAGUGGAUUGUGAGGUGGAAGAAAAUACUGGUGCUCGUGGUGGUACAACAAAACAAAAGUAUAGUGGGGAUGGGGAAGAGUGUAGUAAAAUAGUAGAAAAUAAGGAUAAAAUUUUUAAGGAUUUAGAAAAGCCGAGUUGUGCAACACCUUGUGGAUUGUAUAAAAGGUGGAUAAGAAGGAAAAAGGACGAAUAUAAUAAACAAAAAAGUGCAUAUAAUGAACAAAAAACAAAAUACGAAAAUGGAAAUAAUAAGGGUGGUGGUGGUAAUGGAGUUUGUGGAACACUACAGGAGAACGCUGCAGACUUUUUAAAAAAGUUAGGACCAUGUUCUAAAACUUAUAAUGAGAAUGGAGUGGGUAAAACGGAUUUUGAUGAUGAUAAAACCUUUAAACAUACAAAACAUUGUGAUCCAUGUCCUAAAUUUAACGUAAAUUGUAAAAAUUGUAAUAGUAGUGGUGGUGGUACAAAAGUGGAGUGCAAUGGUAGAAAUAGUGGAACAACGACUAUUACUGCAAGUGAUAUUAAGAAUGGAGGGGAUUCUACUGAAAUAAAUAUGCUUGUGAGUGAUAAAUUUACAACGAAAUUUGAAGGUGAUGGUUUAAAGGCUUGUAAAAAUGCAAAUAUUUUUAAAAGUAUCAGAAAGGAUGUAUGGAAAUGUGUUAAUAUUUGUGGUGUAGAUGUAUGUGGUCUUAAAAAAGGAGAUAAUAAUGGUGAAUUAGAUGAUAAACAAAUUAUAUUAGUUAGAGCAUUGAUUAAAAGAUGGUUAGAAUAUUUUUUAGAAGAUUAUAAUAAAAUUAAAAAAAAAUUAAAAUCAUGUACAGAAAAGGGUGAAGGAUCACCAUGUAUAAAAGAAUGUGUAGAUACAUGGAUAACAGAAAAAAGGAAAGAAUGGAAAACAAUAAAAGAACGUUACGUUGACAAAUAUACAAAAGAAAAUGAUGGUUCUAAUGAUUUAACUACUUUUUUACAGCAGGGACCCUUUUACAGCUUGGUUGAGGAAGCCAAAAAAGUGGUUAAAUGUAAAGACGAACAAGAAAAAUUAUGGGGAUGUACUGGUAAUACUACAGGUCAUGCGCAAGACAAAUGUGAGAAUGGGGAUUUUAUAACAAAUUUAAUUUCUAAACUUCAAGAAAAAAUUAGUGAGUGUACAUCCCAAUCUAGUGGUAGUGACUGUACCCUCUCCACAGAAAACCCCUCCACCACCCUUGACGAUGAGGAACCCCUUGAAGAGGUAGACCAAAACCCAGAGGAUGCACAGAAGAUGAUACCCAAAAUUUGUGGAGAUGUGAUACCAAAAGAGGAAGCGAAAGAAGAAGGCGGAUGUACACCAGACAUUAAAAAGGAAGAAGAAAAAAAAGAGGAAAAAAAAAAACCCGAACAAACUGCAGAAAAACCAGCAGCAGAAACCAAAGCCAAAGAGGAAAAACCCGCCCAAGACGAAGCCGGACCUCCACCAGCAGAUCCCCUCCCUGCGCGCGAACCUUUCGACCCAACUAUACUACAAACAACCAUUCCUUUUGGAGUUGCGUUAGCAUUAGGAUCCAUUGCUUUUUUAUUUUUGAAGAAAAAAACUAAAAGCCCUGUGGACCUUUUCAGUGUUAUUAAUAUCCCCAAAAGUGAUUAUGAUAUACCGACAAAACUUUCACCCAAUAGAUAUAUACCUUAUACUAGUGGUAAAUACAGAGGCAAACGGUACAUUUACCUUGAAGGAGAUAGUGGAACUGAUAGUGGUUACACUGAUCAUUAUAGUGAUAUUACUUCAUCUUCCGAAAGUGAGUAUGAAGAAUUGGAUAUUAAUGAUAUAUAUGCACCACGUGCUCCUAAAUAUAAAACUUUGAUAGAAGUAGUACUAGAACCUAGUGGUAACAACACAACAGCUAGUGGUAACAACACAACAGCUAGUGGUAACAACACAACAGCUAGUGGUAAAAACACACCUAGUGAUACACAAAAUGAUAUACAAAAUGAUGAUAUACCUAGUAGUAAAAUUACAGAUAAUGAGUGGAAUACAUUGAAACAUGAUUUUAUAUCACAAUAUCUACAAAGUGAACAACCAAAUGAUGUACCAAAUGAUUAUAGUAGUGGUGAUAUUCCAUUGAAUACACAACCGAAUACUUUAUAUUUUGAUAAACCUGAAGAAAAGCCUUUUAUUACUUCUAUUCAUGAUAGAAAUUUAUAUACUGGAGAAGAAUAUAGUUAUAAUAUUAAUAUGAGUACUAAUAGUAUGGAUGAUAUUCCAAUUAAUAGUCAUAAUAAUAUUUAUAGUGGUAUAGAUUUAAUUAAUGAUUCGUUGAAUAGUAAUAAUGUUGAUAUAUAUGAUGAAGUUUUGAAAAGAAAAGAAAAUGAAUUAUUUGGGACAAAUCAUGUGAAACAUACUAAUACACACAAUGUUACCAAAUCAAGUAAUAGUGAUCCUAUAGAUAAUCAGUUGGAUUUGUUCCAUACGUGGUUAGAUAGACAUAGAGAUAUGUGCGAGAAGUGGAAUAAUAAAGAAGAAGUAUUAAAUAAAUUAAAAGAAGAGUGGGAAAAUGAGACACAUAGUGGUAACACUCACACUAGUGAUAGUAACAAAACGUUAAAUACUGAUGUUUCUAUUCAGAUAGAUAUGGAUAAUCCUAAACCUAUAAAUCAAUUUACUAAUAUGGAUACUAUCUUGGAGGAUCUGGAAAAAUAUAAUGAACCUUAUUAUGAUGUGCAAGAUGAUAUUUAUUAUGAUGUACAUGAUCAUGAUACAUCAACUGUGGAUAGUAAUAAUAUGGAUGUUCCUAGUAAAGUACAAAUUGAAAUGGAUGUAAAUACCAAAUUGGUGAAAGAGAAAUAUCCUAUAGGAGAUGUGUGGGAUAUAUAA